AUUUUUUACCUUUUUGGGUAGUUUUAGUAAAUGAAGGGGAAAAGAUAAUUUAUUGGACAUGUGGCCCCGUAUGUAAACCAUAUAUAUAUGGUGACAUUUAUGUUAUGGGAAUUAAGAAACAAAUUAUUCUAUUGUCUUCCUCUUUCUAUCUGUUUCUUCUUCCCCAAUUCUCCGUAUUCAUUAUCUCAAUCCAUUAUCCUUUCAUAUCUAUUACAUAGCAAAAUAUGCUCGAUUAAGGAAAUUAUUACAUCAUACUCGAGGACUACGUGGGCGACGACAAGUUGGUGUCACGAAGGAUAUUUGGGAUCAUGAUGGCGUGUGUGUGAGGCGACAAGGGCUGUUGUCAUGAAGGCUCCCAGCGGCAAAAAUAGCGUGAUUUCCAUUUUUCCUUUUGCCCGAUUAAAUAUCAGAACACAGCAGAAACCGACGUAGAAAAAGGAGGUGAGCAGCGAGAUGGGCAACUCCGAGUCAUCUUCCUCCGAUCCCCGAUUCAUAUCCGCCGCCAGAGCAUUCACUCAGUCGGAGCUGGAAGACCUGAGAUCGCUCCACUCAUCGCUAGCCGCCAAGUCCCAUAGCAAUGGAGAGUACGUCUCUCUUCCCGUCUUCAAGGAGUAUAUUGGAAUCGAUGGGCCCUUGGGCGAUAGGGUUUUUGAUUUGGUGACGCAGAGGAGGAAGGAUGAGAAGCUUAAGUUUGAAGACCUUGUUAUUGCUAAGGCAACUUAUGAGAAGGGAACUAAUGAGGACGUUGAAGAAUUCAUCUACGGACUACUAGAUGUAUCAGGAGAUGGUAAUGUGGGAAGGUCUGAUCUUGAAGCCGUAUUAACAUCUAUGCUUGAUAAUCUAUUUCAUCAACAAUGCUCCGAGCCUAAGGCAGGAUCUCAUCAGGAAGUUAUUGAGGUUUUCAUCAAUGCUGCCAAUUUUACAAGUAAUGGCAUGUCUAUUGAAGAUUUCCGAAAAUGGUGCACCCUUCUUCCAGCUGUCAGGAAAUUUUUAGGGAGUUUGUUAAUUCCCGCGGAUUCAGGUUCUCAAGUACCAAGGUUACUCCAUCAGGACAUUGAUCCAAAUCAAAUUUUGAUGAGGAGUGAAUACGCCUGGCAUAUUGGAGGAGCACUAUCUCCAACUGAACUGGACGACUGGAAGCUUUUGUAUCAUAGUUCAUUGCACGGACAGAGUUUCAACACAUUUCUCGGCCACAUGCCAGACGGACCAACAGUGUUGGUUGUCAAGGAUAGAGAAGGUUACAUUUAUGGAGGCUAUGCUUCUCAGGCAUGGGAAAGGCAUGCCGAUUUUUAUGGGGAUAUGAGAUCUUUUCUCUUUCAGCUAUACCCCAAGGCAUCGAUUUUUCGUCCAACUGGAGCAAACCAUAACUUACAAUGGUGUGCCGUGAAUUUCAGUUCGGAGAGCAUCCCGAACGGCAUAGGGUUCGGAGGACGAGUGAACCAUUUCGGACUCUUCAUUUCGGCAAACUUUGAUCAGGGCCACACUUUCGCAUGCACGACUUUUGGCAGCCCAUGCCUGUCGAGCAACUCCGGAGUAUAUCCAGAAAUAAUCGAGUGCUGGGGAGUGGUGCCGAGAAAAGCUCACCAGGAGAGACCCGUAGCUGUGAAAGGUACUGUUCUCGAAAGGUUUAAGGAGGAACGACACAUGCUCAACAUGGUCGGUCUUGCUAACUCGAGUGAGUGAUCACUAAUAAGGGACAUAUUGAUUAUUUAUCCGUGUGAUAAUAUGUUACUGUGCACAAAUUUUUUGUGUACAUUUGGAUAAAAAUUUGAGAGUUGCUUGUCAAUGUCAAGUUAUGAUCAUAUGAAGAUUAUUCCAGAAAUUGGUUUAAGGAAAUUUGGUAUGAAUAAACACUCAAAAUUUGCAACGAGAAUUCCAUAUAAUUAGAGUUGGAGAAAAUGAGCCUCCAUAAAUGUACACCUUUCAAUCGGCAU